UUCUCUCCCGCCUAAUUCAGCUUUGUGGUCAAGCCAGGUUCUCAGACGCAAGCUGGAGGUGUUCUCCUCGCCUUUCGUCUCACGAAUGCCACUCGUUCUUCCCGAAUUUGGAGAAUUGGCAAUCAAGUGAAUUUCCUGGCAUAUUUGAUCACAGGACCCACAGGUGCUUGGAGAGGGAACCUUGCCCCAGAAGAGCUGGACUGAACAUAAAAAUGAGUCCUGCAGAUGCACUUGAUGAUGAAAAUACAUUUAAAAUCUUAGUUGCAACAGAUAUUCAUCUUGGAUUUAUGGAGAAAGAUGCUGUAAGAGGAAAUGAUACAUUUGUAACACUUGAUGAAAUUUUCAAACUUGCCCAGGAAAAUGAGGUGGAUUUUAUUUUAUUAGGUGGUGAUCUUUUUCAUGAAAAUAAGCCGUCAAGAAAAACAUUACAUACCUGCCUGGAGUUACUAAGAAAAUAUUGCAUGGGUGAUCGUCCUAUACAGUUUGAAAUUAUCAGUGAUCAGUCUGUCAACUUUGGUUUUAGUAAGUUUCCAUGGGUGAACUACCAAGACAGCAAUCUCAAUAUUUCAAUUCCGGUGUUUAGUAUUCAUGGCAAUCAUGAUGAUCCCACGGGGGCAGAUGCACUCUGUGCCCUGGACAUUUUAAGUUGUGCAGGAUUGGUGAAUCACUUUGGACGUUCAAUGUCUGUGGAGAAGAUAGAUAUUAGUCCAGUUUUGCUUCAAAAAGGAAGCACAAAAAUUGCUCUCUAUGGUUUAGGAUCCAUUCCAGAUGAAAGGCUCUAUCGAAUGUUUGUCAAUAAAAAAGUAACAAUGUUGAGACCAAAAGAAGAUGAAAACUCUUGGUUUAACUUAUUUGUGAUUCAUCAGAACAGGAGUAAACACGGAAGUACUAACUUCAUUCCAGAACAAUUUUUGGAUGACUUCAUUGAUCUUGUUAUUUGGGGCCAUGAGCAUGAGUGUAAAAUAGCUCCAACCAAAAAUGAACAGCAACUCUUUUAUAUAUCUCAGCCUGGAAGUUCUGUGGUUACUUCUCUUUCCCAAGGAGAAGCUGUUAAGAAGCAUGUUGGUUUGUUGCGUAUUAAAGGGAGGAAGAUGAAUAUGCAGAAGAUUCCUCUUCACACAGUGAGGCAGUUUUAUAUGGAGGAUGUUGUUCUGGCUAAUCAUCCAGAUAUUUUUAACCCAGAUAAUCCUAAAGUGACUCAAGCCAUACAAAGCUUCUGUUUGGAGAAGAUUGAAGAAAUGCUUGAAAAUGCUGAACGGGAACGUCUGGGUAAUUCUCAACAGCCAGAGAAGCCUCUUAUACGACUGCGAGUAGACUAUAGUGGAGGUUUUGAGCCUUUCAGUGUUCUUCGCUUUAGCCAGAAAUUUGUGGAUCGGGUAGCUAAUCCAAAAGAUGUUGUCCAUUUCUUCAGGCAUAGAGAACAAAAAGAAAAAACAGGAGAAGAGAUCAACUUUGGGAAGCUUAUCACAAAACCUUCAGAAGGAACAACUCUAAGGGUAGAAGACCUUGUAAAACAGUAUUUUCAAACUGCAGAGAAGAAUGUGCAGCUGUCACUUCUAACAGAAAGGGGAAUGGGUGAAGCAGUACAAGAAUUUGUAGACAAGGAAGAGAAAGAUGCCAUAGAGGAAUUAGUUAAAUACCAGUUGGAAAAAACACAGCGAUUUCUUAAAGAACGUCAUAUUGAUGCUCUAGAAGAUAAAAUUGAUGAAGAGGUUCGUCGUUUCAGAGAAAGUAGACAGAGAAAUGCAAAUGAAGAAGAUGAUGAAGUUCGAGAGGCUAUGAAUAGGGCCAGAGCCCUGAGAUCCCAGUCGGAGGACUCUGCCUCUGCCUUCAGCGCCGAUGACCUGAUGAGUAUAGAUGUGGCAGAACAGAUGGCUAACGACUCUGACGAUAGCAUCUCGGCGACAGCCAGCAGGGGAAGAGGCCGAGGAAGAGGCCGAGGAAGAGGUGGAAGGGGGCAGAAUUCAGCCCUGAGAGGAGGGUCCCAAAGAGGACGAGUAACAGGCACUGGUCUGGAGCCUUCUACUCGAAGCAGAAGUUCAAAGGCCCCUACAUCAACAUCAUCUAGAAAUAUGUCUAUUUUAGAUGCCUUUACAUCUGCAAGACAACAGCCCUCACGAAAUGUUGCUACUAAGAAUUAUACAGAGGUGAUUGAGGUGGAUGAAUCAGAUGUGGAAGAAGAGAUUUUCCCCACCACUUCAAAACCAGAUCAAAGGUGGUCAAGCACAUCAUCUAGCAAACGCAUGUCCCAGAGCCAAGUAGCUAAAGGGGUUGAUUUUGAAUCAGAUGAGGACGAUGAUGAUGAUCCUUUUCUGAACAUUAAUCCUUUAAGAAGAAACAGAAGAUAAUAUAUUUAAUGGCAUGUAGAAACAUUCGAGAUUCAGGAUAAAUCAAAACAUCGCAAAUAGAGAGUUUACAGUUGAAUGUUUUUCUUAGGAAUGGCUUUCUUUGUCAGAUAGCUCCUUUUUAAAGUAUUGCUGUUAACAGAAGUAUUUGAAAGAGGCUUGCUUAACAAAGAAAUGAUGUAUUAGAAUUUAUAUUUUUGAACAUUAUUUCUAGAACAUGACUCCAUUACUUGAGAAAUUUCUCAGCUCAAGGGCAUAUAUAAUAGGAUUGGUUCUCUUUAUUUUUUAUCUUGUUAUCAUUACCUGAGGAUGCUCUGUAAAAUUCAGAAUGUUAUUUUUCUGGCAUUAAUAUUAGUGUAUAUAUUGCUAAUGGAGACCUUUGCUUAAUAUCAUUCUUGAGUAAGGAUAAAAAUAAAUCAAACAUUGUGUUCUUCUGUUUCAUUGUCAGAGACUAUGCCAGUAUUCUAAAGUGGCUACAUUUAACCAAAAUUUAGUGAAAACAGCUUAUAAAAUUUAACCUCAUAAUUUUAAUAAUUUCUAAAUCAUUGGUUUCCUGAAGGUUAAGCAGUCUGUAUGAAACCAAGCCUGAGCCCAAUUUACUACUAAGUACUUUGCUUUUUCUAAAACUUGUUUUAGAGUAUAUGUCACUGAGAUUUUGAAUGAUUAGCUGUACCUUACACUUUUAAUAAUUAGAUAUGUUUGUAUUAAAAAUAGAACAGUCUGUCAGAAUUGUGUUUUUUAUUUCAGUUGUAGCAAAGAUUUCAAACGAUUGUGUUCUCAUUGAAUGGCAGUGAUUUUCUCUCUUCUCAUUAAUGAUUCUCUCUUUCUCUUAUGUUUCUAUGAGGAAAAAAGUUAAACAUUUUUUAAACUAUGUAUUCUUAAAAAUAUUGAAGAACUUUUUUAUGAUAGGGUAGUCAGUUUGAAUCUUAUGGUUAUAUUAGAUUAAAAUAUUGAAAUGCAACUUCUAUGGAAUAUUGAUGCCUAGAUUUCUCAUUAAUAAUAAUUUAUCUUGAUGUUGGUUCAUAUAAAAUAUUUCUGAAUGGGCAAUUCCAGAAAUCUUAGUGAAGCUGCUCAGAUUAAUUUUGUAAUUUCUUACUUGUUUUAAAGAGAAAUGAGAAUUUGACCUCUUUAGAUUUGUUGAACAAUCCCAUCGUCCCCUUUAAGACUGCCUCUGAGAGUUUUUCUUCUUUUGAUCUUAAGAAGCAGCUCUACUUAAGGCAGACUCCUUAAGGAAGGAUAGGUACUGGCUGUACAACAGCCUGACAUUUCUUAAUAUACAGAAAUAAAUACCUGACAGCAAUAUUCAUGACUAUCAUAAUUGUCAGAUCUAGAUUGUGUCAAAUAUAAGAAGCAGAACAUUUGGAUAGUAGCUGCCUCUAUAUUAUGGCACCUUUGAAAUGGCUUAAAUAAAAAAAUUGCAGUGUAACAUUCUAAUAAGUUUCUUUAAAAAUAAGGAAGUUGGCAAGGGUCUUUCUCUACUGCCGGCUGGAGGUGCCCCAUGAGGAGGGGUUCCUGGGAAAAAAGAAUAAGGCUUCUCCCUUUUUAAAAAUUGCUCUAGGGUAUGAAAGAGGUGCCAAAUGGGACACAGUGGCUAAGAAAAGUGAUUACAUGGCAGUUACAGAUGAUGAAAAUCUUUUCACUUAGGUCAUUUUGUGAACAGUAGCCUGUCAGGCCCUAGAGAUUUUGUAAAUACAAUGUGAAAGAAAAACCUUUUUGAUUAAGUAUUUUUGGCAUAGCUAAAUAUGCCAUAUAUCUUUGCCAUUCUGUAUUGAUGCAGCAAAAUUAAAUUGUUUUUGACAAUUUUCAUACUUUCAUAUAGGAGUGUAGAGGGCUCUCUGAUGAUUGCAGAGCAACUGCAGUUCCUUUUGGAGGCUCUGAAACAGCAAUGAUGAAAACAUUCAGGUGGAAGCAUCUAUAGGAAAACCUCCGUCACUUACCAAAGAAUGAAGCUUACUUCAGUGUUUUAUUUCCUAUCCUAAAAAAUAAACAUAGUGCAUUUACAAGAGUAAGAAUUCAUUGUAGUGCUGGGAAAUUCAAGCAUUUUGGCAUGUGAACUUGAGUUCAGGUACAAUGACAAAAAUAUUUUCUAAACUUGUAAAAUUGUGAAAUAUAAUACAGAAAGGUCAGUACAACAUAUUUGUACAAUUUAACAAAUAGUUAUAAAGCUAGCACUCAUAUAAUUGCUACACAAGCCAAGAAAUAGAAUGUUAGCACCCUGGAAAUGUUCUCUCUUUUGUUGGUAACCACUGGCCUGACUUCUGUAAUUCUUACUUUUGUCACAAGAUGGUGCCUCUACCAUUAGAUGCAACUGCAAAUAUAAAAUUAAAAAGUUAGUACAGUUUUGCAAUAAAUUAGAAACCUAUGCAGUAAUACCAAAAUUGGCCUUCUAAUCUCAUAUGUAAAUUGCCUUUCAUAUUUCAGCUAGCUCAACAUGUUAUCGUGGAAACUACCAGUUUGAUAAAUUUUACUUACAGAGGUUAAAGAAGAAAAUGUUUUAGUUUUUAAUAAACAAAGAGAAAAGUCCUUUAUUAGAAAAUUGAGUAAAAGUCUCCCAACAUAAAAUUUUUCUUUUGGAAUGUACUAUAUUUAAAAAUAACUCCCCUCCUCCCCACAGAUACUUUUUUGUAUCUGUCAUCAUAUAUUGAAUUCAUACUACUCUGUGGCUUUUUUAAGCUAAUUAUCAUUAAGAUUAUGAAUGUUUCAGGUGAUAAAAACUUGGGGUUUUGAGCCCAAAGAGCUUUCAUAUUCUUGAAUGAAAAAUGUCCACUUGUAAUCAUUUGCUUAUAUAGUUCAUUUUAAUGUUUUUGAACAUGUUUGUUCACUGGGAAUGAAAAUACUAGAAUUUUAGCUUGAUCGCUGUAAGGCCAGUUCACAUAGCUUGCUUUUGCCGUGCACAUUGUACAUCUUUACCCUGACUUUGAUCACUAGACCUGAUUUUGGCUGUUUGUAAAUUUUAACAACAAUACAUAUUUAUUCUUCAAAAUUCAGCCUUUAAGAUGUGUGUCAAAAGGCCUAUGUUUCCCUGUAAUCCCCAGACAUAACCUGUCAACAACUUGGUGCCUAUUUCUCCAGUUACUUUCGUCAUGACUACUAAUACAAAUUGUUGACUUAGAGCCCUGAAUGAUAUGGCCAAAUAGUUUUCUUCUCAUAUCGAGGUAUACCUCCACCUUGGUACUUACUUGAUGUCCUGAUUUUUUCACAUAUGCUUUGUCAACCUCUUUUAAUUGAACCAUAAUUGCCUAUUUUGAGGGAUAACUGCACUGCUUUAAACUGUGUAAUUUAAAUGUUCUUGUUCAGUUUGGGUCAAAUAAAAGCAUAUCUAAUCCUU